AGUAAAUUGCUGCCGUAUGAGGGUGCGUAUCUCUACAUUUCUUGCCAUAACUUAAGCAUGGAGUCACAUAAUUUACUCCGCGCUUCAUUGGAUGCUUCCUCUUGGAUCUUUUACUGUUUUUAUAUUGUAUAUGUAUUGGAGCUUUCCAAGAUUGAGAUAAUGGAUCUUGCAGACAUAAAACGACCCACCAAGUCUUCUUCCAGAUUUGCAAACGCUCUACCACCACCAAAGCUCCCUCUGACCGAAAGCCGGAGCACCCCGCUGAGCGCCAUGGAGAUGAAGAUGGCCGUCAGCGCGGCCAACUGGCUCGUCGGCAAGGUGCUCAGCAAGCUGUCCGACGGGCUGGUGUCCACCUACAUGGCCAGCUCCGAGCUCGGCCGCAAUUUCCUGAACGCCAAGAACCAGCUCCAGUACACACAGGGGCUGCUGUCCGCAUCCGUGGGCAGGGACGUGGGCGAUGAUCCUGGCCUGCGCGGUCUGCUGGGGAUGCUGAGCAAGAAGGCCGACGAGGCCGAGGACGUGCUCGAUGAGCUCCACUACUUCAUCAUCCAGGACGAGAUCGAUGGCACCAAGGAGGCUGCUGCGGAGGUGGGCGGCGGUAUCAAGGGUCACUCCGUCCAUGGACGCCAUGUUGCUCGCUACACCCUCGGUAACUGCCUCCCGUGCUUUUCAUCUCCGCGCACUCAAGGUGAUGAGCCUCCUGCAGUUGCUGCUGCUGCAGCUGCUGUUGCUACCAGUAAUGAUGAUGGCGACGUUGAUAUUAAGUUGCCAUUCAACAGAGUAGCCUUGUCCAAGAAAAUCAAAUCCGUAAUAGAGGAGAUGAACUCCAUACGCCUGCUAGUCUCUGACCUGCUCAAAACUGCAAACCACAACAGCACUCCAUUAAGCACACAUGUCACCAUUGAAAGGCCUCCCACUGGUUCAAUAGUUCCACAAGAUAGAAAGUUGUAUGGAAGGAGUGACAUUUUUGAGCAAACUGUAAAUGCGCUCACCAGUGGCACAUACCAUGAUAAAACCCUCUCUGUCCUGCCUUUCGUUGGCCCCGGGGGCAUUGGAAAAACGACCUUCACACAGCACCUGUAUAAUGAUGAAAAGAUCAAGGGGCACUUCCCUGUCAGGGUCUGGGUAUGUGUCUCAACAAAUUUUGACGUGAUUAGGCUCACCCGGGAGAUACUUGGCUGCAUAUCUGGAACUAAUGCCAACACAUAUGAAACACAAAACUUAGACCAACUUCAAAGGGCCAUUGCAGAGAAACUGGACUCCAAGAGGUUCUUGAUUAUCUUGGAUGAUGUCUGGACAUGCAAGAGUGAGCGCGAUUGGGAAAACCUAUUAGCCCCAUUCACAACAGGGGGAACCAAGGGCAGCAUGGUUCUUGUCACAACUCGAUUGCCAUCUGUAGCACACAUGGUCAAAACAACUGAUCCAGUACAAUUGCGUGGUUUAGAACCUGAUGACUUCUUUGCAAUGUUUGAAGCAUGUAUAUUUGGUCAUAACAAACCCAGGGUUUAUGAAGAUGACUUAGUUAACGUUGCAAGAGAUAUUGCAAAGAAACUAAAGGGUUCGCCACUUGCAGCAAAUACAGUUGGUCGGCUGUUGAAGAAAAACAUCUCUUGGGAAUAUUGGAUGGGAAUUCUUGAAAAGAAUGAAUGGCAAAGUGCAAAAAAUGAUGAUGAUAUUUUGCCAUCUCUCCAAAUCAGCUAUAAUUACCUUCCUUUCCAUCUGCAGAAAUGUUUUUUCUAUUGUGCCCUCUUCCCAGAAGAUUACAAGUUUUAUGAUUUAGAAAAGAUUACUAAUUUCUGGAUCGCAAUGGGUAUUGUAGAUUCGUAUAACCAAAAUGACAAGAAUUACUUAGACGAACUAGUGGAAAAUGGUUUUCUCAUAAAAGAUAGUGAUUGGAAUGGUGAAUACUAUGUGAUGCAUGAUUUAUUGCAUGAACUGUCUCGGAAUGUUUCAUCACAAGAGUGUGUGAAUAUAAGUAGUUUAAGUUUUAGAGCCAACGACAUCCCACAAUCAAUUCGGCACUUAUCAAUCACUGUAGAAGAUAAAUAUGAUGAAAGUUUUGGUCAAGAAUUAUGUGAACUGAAGAGUGUAAUAGACAUUGGAAAUUUGCGUACUUUGAUGAUUUUUGGAUUACAUAAUUCAGAAAAAGAAUUCCAUUCCAGUAUUCCUGAGGUCGGAAAGAUGAAGUGGUUACAGGAGCUAAGAGAAUUUCAUGUUAAGAAGGAAAGUGUUGGAUUUGAACUGAGCCAGCUGGGGGAAUUGACAGAGCUUGGGCAGCUUGGUAAAUGUAAUCUUGAAACCGUGGCAUCCAAACAGGAAGCUAAUGAUGCUAAACUGAAGGAUAAAAGAAAUCUGAAAGAAUUGGAAUUAGUUUGGGGUGCAGGGCAACAGAUUACAGAUGGUGAUGUUAUUGAGGGUCUUCAACCGCCCCCUAAUCUUAGGGGGCUUGGCAUUAUAAAUUAUGGUUUUACCACUGGUCCUAGCUGGUUGUGCAGUGACAUAAGCAUAAAGAGGCUGGGGUCUCUACAUCUGAAGGGUAUAUCGUGGGACAGUCUUCCACCUUUUGAGCAGUUACCACACCUCACCAACAUCGAACUGGUGAAUAUUGCUGGGAUGCGUAUGUUUGGGCCUGGAUUUGGUGGUCUUACAGAGACAAGUUUUAUGCACUUGAAGACAAUAGAGAUCUGGGAUAUGCUAGAACUUGAGGAAUGGGUCGAGGGACCCAAUAGCCCUUUGUUUCCAAGGCUUGAAUCCAUUGUAUGUGAAGAUUGCCCCCUUCUGUCCUCGUUUUCCUUCUUGGAGUGUUGUACCAACCUUUGUCAACUUUUUAUUGAGGAUUGCCCAGAGUUGUCUCAGCUGCCCGCUUUGCCUCAUACUUCUACACUAACAGGGUUUUCUGUGUACAAAGGGUUUUCCAGAAGAUUGACAUAUGAUGGAAAGUGUCUGUCUGCUGAUGGGUAUAUGGGUGCUUUGGCCUUCCAAAAUAUGGAUAAAGUAGAGGAUAUAGUAAUUUCUGAGUCACCUCACGUCUCAUUGUCAGUAUCAGACCUCCAAAAGAUGAACUCCCUGAGAAGACUAGUCGCCACAGGUUGCGGCAGCAUGUUCUCUGCAGAAUGGUUCAAUCCAGUCGUCCUCGAGGAUUUGGCAGCCCAUGACAAGUCUUUUGACGAAAAAAAUAUCUCUGUAGCAGCAGGUCUGAUCCCAGAGGUGGCAAUGAGCAAAUCACUGCAUCCAAGUACAUUCCAACUGGAACAAAUGGAGGUGGAAAACAUCCCGGCAGUGCUUAUUGCUCCCAUUUGCAGACGCCUUGCCGCUACCCUUCACAAAUUAAAGUUCUGUGGUGAUCUGGUGACUGAAACCAUCACGGAAGAGCAAGAGCAAGCGCUUAAUCUUCUCACCUCCCUCCGAAUUCUAGAAUUUACAAGAUGCAAACUGCGGUCUCUCCCUCGGCUAUAUGGCUUUUCUUCUCUCUACAAAUUUUCGAUCGCACGCUGUGAUGAAAUCCAGUCACUACCGUCCAAGGAGGACCUCCCGGCUUCACUGCUGGCACUAAACGUAAGUGGCUGCAGUCGUGAGAUAAAAGAGCAAGCCAAGAAACUUAAAGAAGCAAACCCUUGUUUAUUUGUUCGUCAGGUCGGUUACUUGUACUAAAAUGCACAACAGAGCAGGCGGAGAAACUAAAAGAAUCAAACCCUUGUUUAUCAGAUGAGAUGCAAAGUCUAAACUGCAAGGCCAUGGUGGACAACUGCUAUGAUGAAAUUGUUUAGGCAUCAGCGCCUCCAAUGGUGGGAGAGGAUCUGAUUGCCGGUAGCUUGAUAAAAAACCGUGGCAGUUUAUGUUGCCAGGAAGGAAGAUUUGGUUGCCGCAGCUGCGGCUCGCCUAUCUGCACCUGACCACAGGGUGGAGUUUGGGUCAACACCUGACCAUGUUAUGAUAGCAGUAUUUAAAGGCUUGAUUCUGGGCUUCUUGCUCCGCAAAUUGUUGGAGAGGCAGUAAAAGUAGGUUGCUUAUCGGUUCUUGCCGUUUCUAGUAAAGGUCAUGUCAGCCAAGGGCUAUAGAGUUCAACUGCUUCCGAGGGUUCCACGCCAUGAUAAUAUGCAGGUCAAUUUCGCUGACGGGACAUUCAUGGAUAGAAGCACAAGCGUGAUAUCAUGUGAUGGGCCCUUAAGAGAUCAAAAUGCUGCUCCUCGGUCAGGGAGGACACACCUGGGCACAGUGGGCUCUUUUCCUGGGUCAAGUUCUGAAGGUCAUAUAGCCGUUUGUUACCAGAAGACUUGCCAUUUCUCGAAUGGGUAGGCUCUCCGUUAACUAUUGAUUAGGAAUCAUCAGGUAAUCUUCAUAAUUUGCUUGAUGCUGUCAGAUCUGACACAGUGCUAGCGUCUGUUCGUUGAUGGGAAUCAUCAGGAACCAUCAUGCUUACAAAAUCUUUUGAUUGAAUCGACGAGUGAACUUAAGCAGCAGAGAUAUUUUAAGGUUGUGAAGAGUUCAGCUGAUUGAUUAGCAGAGUAACUUCAAGUCAGAGCAUCAUCCAUACUGGGUAGCUUCUGCCACCGACUUGCCAGUUCAAGAAGAGAUAGAGAAUUAGAGAUCACAUCACUUCAUUUUGGGGGAUUCUUUUGUGUACAAUUAAUUCACUUUGUAAAGUGUUUGGGUGAUUCUUUUUUACAUUGUUAUAAAAAAAAUUCCACUUAAAAGUAGACCGGAUCAGUUUGUAGUUUGCUCAUAAACAAUUAUAGGAUUUUUCUUAUUUUUUAAUGAAGAUUUUCAUAAUUUCCUGAUUUAAUAUUAUUCAUGUAGCCAGUCUUCUUGUAACGAAUAUAUUUAUGGCCAUGAAUUAAUUGAUUUU